GCACCGAACCGGCGCGCGUGACCCCCUCUGGACUAAGGCGGUGCGGCGUCCACCCCAUCCUCAAAACUCCGUUCCUCUCCCCUUUCCCAUAACGAAACGAAACAAGAAAUCUACCUCCAAUCAGAACGAAAACAGAAAAAUCCAAAUCCGAAUCGAAGAGAGGAACGAGAAGAAAGGAACAGAACUUUCCCAAAAAUCCCCCUCGAUCGUAGACUCCGAGUUGAUCUCAUCAGGUUUAUAGGAUCCACGAAGAACUCUUCCUUGAUCUUCCCAGAGGAAGAACCGAUCCCCGAUGAUCCUAUCGGUCUAAAAGCACCAGUUUCCCUCGAUUCUUCUCCCAGUUUCGGUAUUCGAUCGAAGCUACACUCGGAACCCUUUAAUCUAAUCUGUUUUUUUAGAGGCACUAUGGAUCGGGGUCGGAAGCGGGCGGAGGCCGGCGACCAGAUGCCGGCCGAUAAGCGGGCCUGCAGUUCGUCUGAGUUCCGGCCGGGCUCCUCCUCUCUCCCGUUGGCGCCGCCUUCGGCGGUGGCCGGUGCCGCGUCAUCCUCCGAACCGGCGGACUGCGACAUGGAGUCUUCCUCCUCCGGGCGGUCCGACCGGGCUGGCGACUCGGCGUACGGUUCCUGCGACUCCGACGACGAGCCGGAUCACGUCCGCGGAGGGUUCGACGACCCCUCGCGGUGCGGGGCGAGUAAGGCGAAGUUCCAGAGGAUCUUCGCGAGCCUCGAAGACGAUGCUGGGCCAGGGGCGCAGGUCGCCGCGCUCACCGAGCUCUGCGAGGUCCUGUCCUUUUGCAUGGAGGAUUCACUCGGUUAUUUCCCGAUCGAGACGUCGGUCCCGGUGCUUGUGAGGCUGGCCGGCCACGAGACUAGCCCGGAUGUUAUGCUCCUCGCCAUCCGGGCGCUCACCUACCUCUGCGAUGUGAUGCCGAGGUCGGCUGAUGCUCUUGUUAGGCAUGGAGCGCUUCCUGUCCUCUGUGGAAAGUUACUGGCAAUUGAGUACUUGGAUGUGGCCGAGCAGUCUUUGCAAGCAUUGGAGAAGAUAUCGCGGAAACAACCAGUUCCAUGCUUACAAGCAGGGGCAAUUAUGGCGGUCUUGAGUUACAUCGAUUUCUUUUCAACAAGCAUUCAGAGAGUUGCACUCUCCACUGUAGCAAACAUCUGCAAGAAACUUCCUUUAGAUUGCUCUUCUCUUGUCAUGGAGUCGGUUCCUACUAUGUGCAAUCUUCUUCAAUAUGAGGACCGGAAGCUCGUGGAAACUGUUGCUACAUGCUUGAUAAGGAUAGCCGAUUCUUUCAGCCAUUCUCCGGAGUUGCUGGAUGAACUGUGCAAGCAUGGGGUGAUUCAUAAGUCUUUGCAUUUAAUAGCUAUUGAUGGUCGGAUGUCACCGAGUCAAUCAACUUAUACUGGCUUGAUCAGUCUUCUCACCAAGCUCGCCAGUAGCUCCCUUGUGGCAGUCAGGACCCUAUUUCAACUGAAUAUAACCAGCACAUUGAGGAGUAUUCUAAUGGCUUCAGACCUCUCACAUGGCACUCCUUACUCACCUUUUGAAGAUGUACAAUCCAAUCAGGUGCAUGAAGUUUUGAAGUUACUGAACCAGCUGAUCCCUCCCAUGGCAAGAGAUGUUGAAGAUAUUCAAGUAGUGCUAGCCAAGGAAAAGAUUUUAAUGGAUCAACCUAGUUUUCUGCAUCAGUUUUCAAUGGAUAUUCUGCCUGUAUCUAUCCAGGUGGUCAAUUCUGGUGCAAAUUUAUACAUUUCUUAUGCCUGUAUUUCAAUCAUAAACAAUAUUGUUUAUUUUAGUACUCCAGAAAUGCUUACAGACUUGCUCAAGGUUACCAACAUUUCGAGCUUUUUAGCUGGUUUGUUGGCCCGGAAAGAUCACCAUGUGUUGAUUUCAACUCUGAAGACUGUUGAGAUUCUUAUGCAAAAGCUUCCUGGUGUUUUCUUGAGCUCUUUUGUUAAGGAGGGUGUCAUUUAUGCAAUUGACUCGCUUCUCAUGCAAGAAAACUGCUCGCAAUCUGCACAACAGUCCAGUCACAUGCAACACUCAGAUAAUCAGAUGGCUGCCAGAGAUAUAUCUCGAUGCUUGUGCUAUGCAUUUGAUUCAUCUAGAGCUUUAUCCUCAGAGAUGAAAGCAUGCAAACUUGGAAAAGAUACUGCUCUUACUUUGGCAAGGCAUAUCAAGACUACCUACUUCCCCAGUGAAGCAGUUAAUUCUGAGAUAGGUUUGACUGAAAUCUUGCAGAAGCUCAAAACUUUUUGUGCUGUUCUAAAUGAUAAUGUGGAUAGAUCUGCAACUAAUGAUGGUUGUGCACAAAAUGAAGAGCAUCUAUCUCAUGUAUUAGAUCAAGUUAUGAGGGAGCUUUAUGGGGGAGAAACUAUGUCCACUUUUGAGUUCAUUGAGAGUGGAAUUGUAAAAUCCUUGGCACGUUAUUUGUCCAAUGGCAAGUACCUCCAAGGAACUUUGUAUGAUGGUGACUUAUCAAAUCACUUUCUUUCUGUACUGAGGAGGUUCCAGACAUUUGCCGAUAUUUCUUUGUCGAAAAUGAACCAGGGAUGGGAGAAUAUGCUUUUGACAUUAUUGGUACGGAAAUUGCAGAAUGCAUUAUCUUCUUUUGAUAGUUUUCCGGUUAUAUCGAGCCAUGUUUCCAAGCCAAGAAAUAUUUUUGCUGAUAUCCCGUUCAGGCGUACCACCAUGCACCCCUGCUUAAAAGUGCACUUUGUGAGGGAAGAAGGGGAGACAGCCUUGCAUGACUAUGAUAAUGUGUUAAAUGUUGAGCCUUCUUCAUCAUUGGAUACUAUUGAAGGAUAUCUAUGGCCUAAAGUUAGUGCAAAGAAUAAUGAACAUCAGGUGGAAUCUGCAGGAAAGGAUAUAGUCGGCACAGGUGAUAUUGCAUCAGGGAGUACACAUGCUGAAGGGAGGAAUCCUGAAGAAAUAGUUGCCAAGACCUUGCGGGAACCAUCUUUUUCCAGCUUAUCAGAGGGCCUUGCAUGUCAAGAAGGACAAUCUUUGUCAGCAGAUCCUAGCCCUAGACAAAGAGAUCUAGUUGCUGUGACUACGUCCAGCCUUUCAUUUCUUGCUGAGAGACAAGCUGAAGGCAGAACGGGUUCUGCAUCUCCAAGAAAUGGGUGUGUGGAGCCAAAGUUGAGCUUUUGCUUUGAAGGAAAACAACUUGAUCGGUCUAUUACUCUUUAUCAAGCAAUUCUACAGGAGCAGUUAAGUGCAGAACCUGAUGUAAUUGUUGGUCCAAAAUUCUGGAAUGAAAUUUACAAAGUAACAUAUAAAAGAGCAGAACCAAAAUCCAAUGAUUCUCAAAUGCCUUAUGAUGCAUCCCUUUUUGGGAACAAAAUUGGUUUCUCAUGGCAGAAACUAUCAUUUUUCACUAGUAUGGUGCAAGCUGAGCUUCCCUGUAAACUUGAUAAGUCCAAUCCCUCCUAUGAUAUAUUGUUUAUGCUGAACAUUCUGGAAGGCUUGAACAGGGUUUCAUUUCAUCUUUUGUCUGAUGAAAGGAACAAUGCAUUUGCUGAAGGUAGAAUACACAGUUUUGAUGAUCUGAAAGUGACAGUGUCUUCAGUUCCGCAGGCUGAGUUCAUGAACAGUAAGCUGACCGAUAAACUGGAGCAGCAAAUGCGAGAUCCACUAGCACUAAGCUCUGGCAGCAUGCCUGUUUGGUGCAGUCAGUUAAUGGCUGCAUGCCCUUUCUUAUUUUCUUUUGAGGCAAGAUGGAAGUACUUCCAUUUGACUGCAUUUGGUUCUUCAACCACUCAGCUUAAUCAAAUUCAACAUCUGAAUAGCAGUGACACCAACUAUGUUAUUGAAAGACGGUCACAGUCAGGUUCAUUUUCCCGUAAGAAAUUCAAAGUUAAUCGCAAUGAUAUUCUGGGUUCUGCUGCAAAAAUGAUGGAGUUGCAUGCUCGUAGUAAGGCUGUUAUUGAAGUGGAAUAUAAUGAGGAAGUAGGCACUGGCUUAGGCCCAACUAUGGAAUUCUAUACAUUGGUAAGUCAUGAGUUCCAAAAAGUUGGGUUAGGAAUGUGGAGAGAGGAUCUGGGUCUUCAUGCUGGAUCAGGUGAAGUGGUUGAAUUUGGAUUUGUGCCAGCUCCUUUUGGAUUGUUUCCUCGGCCUUGGUCAGCAGAAAACAGUCUCUCAAAUGGAAUCCAAUUUCAAGAAGUAAUUAAAAAGUUCUCCCUUCUUGGGCAGCUUGUAGCAAAGGCAAUUAAAGAUGGGAGAAUCCUAGAUAUACCAUUUUCUAAAGCAUUUUACAAAGUUAUCCUCGAGCAGGAGCUUGGUAUAUAUGAUAUCCAAUCAUUUGAUCCCGAACUUGGAGGGACUCUGCGGGAGUUUCAAGCUCUUGUCAAUAGGAAAAGAUUUUUAGAGUCCAUUUCUAAGGAAAAUUGCAAGUGUGUAUCAGAUUUGUAUUACCGCAAUGCUAGAAUUGAGGAUCUUUGUCUUGAUUUCACUCUUCCAGGCUACUCCAAUUAUGAGCUUGCUUCUGAAAGUAACUCGAAAAUGGUAAAUAUUUCUAACUUAGAAGAGUAUGUUGCACUAGUUGUCCAUGCAACCAUCAAGAGUGGAAUUUCUAGACAAGUGGAAGCUUUCAAAUCUGGAUUUAACGAGGUGUUUCCGCUGAGAACUCUCCAAAUCUUUACUGAAGACGAGCUUGAGCGAUUACUUUGUGGAGAGCGAGAUACUUGGGAUUUUACUGAGCUUGUGGAUCACAUCAAGUUCGAUCAUGGCUACACAGCCAGCAGUCCUCCUGUUGUUAAUUUAUUAGAAAUCAUACAAGAGUUUGAAUGUGACCAGCGUAGAGCUUUCCUGCAAUUUGUGACAGGAGCUCCUCGACUGCCUCCAGGAGGCUUAGCUGCACUCAACCCAAAACUGACAGUUGUUCGUAAGCAUUGUUGCCAAGAUACGGAUAUGGACUUGCCAAGUGUGAUGACCUGUGCUAAUUAUCUCAAGCUCCCUCCUUACUCUUCCAAGGAGAGAAUGAGACAGAGGAUGUUAUAUGCAAUAACAGAAGGACAAGGGUCCUUCCAUCUCUCUUAGUCUGCAGAGUGACUCGUAGAUGUCAUUUGAACACAGGUAUAUAGACGUAUGAAGUUUUAAUUAUCAAAUUCAAGAGGAUGGUGGUGUAAAUAGUAUGCGUUCCAAAAUGGUAUAUGAUGGAGCUGAUUGUGGAGAAACAAAAGGAAGCCCAUCUUGACCAGUGUACAGAGUGGUAACAAGCAGGUCGAUGAUUGAUUUAUCAUGUACAGUGGAACUGUAGAUAGGAUAUGGGAAGCAGUUGGCAGAAACUCUUGUUUAUUUUGGUUGGUCUUUCAUUUGCUUUGUACAUAAAGCAGGGUAUAUAAAGUGACCCUUCAGAUAUAUGGUGCACCAGUAUUCAUCUUUUUGCUG